GGCGGCUCACAUUCGCCGCCGGCGGUCCAACGUUCCUGCGGUGGCGGUGGCGGUCACAGCCACAGCCGCAGCCACAGCCACAGCCGCCAGAUCGAACGGAAUCUGUCGAUGAAGACGGAAUGUGACCGCAGUACUAAAAACUCAACGCUGACAAGUUUUUCCAACUGCCAACGUCGACGAACAGUCAAUCUUCGUGUCGAGUACGAAGGCGGACACAGAGACGGAGACGGCAACGGAAAUGGCAACGGCAACGGCAACGUCCUUGCGGCCAAAUCCUCCGCGGCGCGAUACCGACUGACUGCCGGUGAAAUCAUCAAGCACACCUUCCUCCCGAUUCUGCCUCUGUUCCAGUAA